AUGCUGUUCGCAAUCGUCUUUGUAUGCACUCGCAUCUCGCAAAUCGUCACUCUGACACCGCCGGUUGGGAUGCUCAGCUGGUUCGUCGGCAAGUUCAACGACGCAAACGUCCUCACCCCCAACGCCAUCCUCGUCCUCUUCAUCGUCACCGUCCUCGCCCUCGCCUGGUGCCUCUUCACCCUCCUCGCCUACAGCCGCUCCUCCCACAACGCGCUCUUCGUCUCCUUUGUCGACCUCUGCUUCCUCGGCGCCCUCAUCGCCGGCAUCUACUUUCUACGCGGGAUCCAAUUCGCCGAUUGUCAAGAUCCCGCGAGGGACGAGAUUUGGUACAACAAGGUGCAUGAUGUGGGCAUCCCGGGCUUCUCUUGGGGCGUCAACAAGCCCUGCGCCAUGCUCAAGGCUUCGUGGGCGUUUGCCAUUAUCAACACCGUCUUCUUUGCCGUGACUGCGUUUGCCGCGUGGAUGCAUGGCGAUAGCGUCGUUGUGGAGGAGCGCGUCGUGCGACGGAGCUCGCACUCGCAUAGCGGCCGUCAUAGCCAUCAUCAUCGCAGCCAUUCGGGCUCUGGGCACAGCUACCACUCUGCUCGGCGAGUAUACGUAUAA